GAGAGGGGGGGGGGGACAAGCGACCGACGGAUCAGCUCUCGCUUGAAUCGCGAUAGGUUAGAGACGUGUACACAGACUUGCUGGAUGUUGCGAGUGUGCUCUAACCUGUAUACUCGUUGACACGCACAUAACCUUACAGGUUGUGUCGGAUCCGCGGAUGUAAGGGCUGGAAGCCGGUCGAGCCCUCCGCUCCCGCCCUGACUCAUUGGCGGCGGGGCGACGUCGUCCCUCUCAAGUGAGAAGAAGAAGGGACCGCCAAAGAAGCUGACGUACAGGGAAAAGAAGCUUAGUGCUGUCGGUGUUGAUCCGCGGACUCCUGAGAGAGAAAGUAGCAACAAUGACGGCGAUGCUGGUGUUCGUCGCGGAACUGUCCUACAACAUUUUCUCCGUCCUCGCCGUCUUCAUAUGUUUCUGUGGUGUUUUCCUCUUCAUCAUGAGGAACAUGAUGGUUUUGCGAGUCCAUGGGGACGAUUUAAUGUUUGGCGGCACGGGAGGAGUUCUGACCCAUUCGCCUCGAAUUCCGCAAAUGAAAAUGAUGAAGGUCCAUAUACCCUUCACCUUCAAACUUCACGAGAGCUUCAAAAGCACUUAUGCCGAGGUAGAGUGCGAGGUCUCCAGCCAGGUCGAGUACUCAUUACAGGCCAUCUGGGGCGUCAGCAUCCGGGAACUGCACCUAGCGCUUUGGAAGCCCUGGAGUGCCUUGAGGGAUGCGUCUCUCAAUGGCAGUCUGCUUCAAGGACACGCGCAGUAUUUCACGCCACCCCAAGCUAGACAGCCACACGGGGAGGAGACGCUGAGCCUCUCGCUGCCGGCACCCGAGCUGGAGUUGGGGACGCCGCCGCGGCUCUGCUACCCCCUCGUCAUCUUUCUGACGCGUAGGGACACUAGGGAGUUGCACCCGGAUGAGACGGUUGCGCUGGUGAAUGUCGUUCAUAUUAAGGAUAGUGUCUGCACACUGCCGACCUCGAUUCUCGCCCAGUAUCUGAAACAGGCUAACGGGCAGUUGUCCUGUCUCAAGCAACUGUAUCUAGCCACGGGCAACUCGACGAACUACGACGAGAUGGGCGUUUCGUCUGGCUUGGGGCCUGCCCUCGCCCUGGCCGAGCCCUGUCCCAACAACGGAGCCGGCUCGAGAGACGCCCUCGUGGCCUCGGGGCCCGGGGAUACGGAAGGCUCCCUCUGGAACAGCGCCGGCGAGCAGCUCUGCGUCGUUUGCCAGUACUUUCCACUCUCGCGGGCCCUUCUCCCCUGCCGGCACACCUGCAUCUGCGCGAGCUGCUUUGGCAAGCUCGACCGCUGCCCCAUGUGUCGCAGCCCCAUUAAGAGUUACUUUUGCAUCCGCGGCGAGGAGUACAUGCCGCCGGAGAAGGAGCUGAGCCCGUGCAAGCAGAGGUCGCCGAGGCCCCAGCAGGGUAACGGGCCGUCGCACUGGCUCCACGACUGGAACGACAGACUCACCGACUUCCUCGGCUUCGCGCGGUAGAGCCGCGUCGUCCUCCCAUUCUCAUCCAUUGACGGACAAUCCUCCCCUCUGUCCUCCUCCUUGUCCUUUACCAUCAUAUUUACUUCUCUCAUGGUUUUGUACGAGAGCGGAGCCCGUGGGACUACACGGCCCCAGCGUGCAUAUUCCCGAUGUCAAUUUUUAAGUAUAGAGUCGAUUGGCCGCAAGUACGUUCUGUUCCACUCGUCCCAUUUUGGUUUGACCCGAUGUC